AAAUAUAAAUUAUUAUAAGUAGAGAAGAAGAACAACGACGACUCAUUCCGCUCACAAAUCAAAAUGACAUCCAGCAAUAUCUCACGCGCCACCGCGUCAUUCGCCCUCCUCUCUCUGCUCCUCUCCGCCGUAUUUCACUGCUCCGAUGCCAAUUCCCCCGCGGCCAAUUGCAGCACGAAAUGUAUUGCAGAGCAGUGUGACACGGUGGGGAUAAGAUACGGGAAGUAUUGUGGGGUGGGUUAUUGGGGUUGUGCCGGCGAGAAACCAUGUGAUGGUCUUGAUGCUUGUUGCAUGGCUCAUGAUGAUUGCGUUGACAAAUUUGGAAUGACUCAUGUGAAAUGUCAUAAGAAGCUAAAGAACUGUCUAAUUAAGGAACAGAAAUCUGGCAAAGUUGGAUUUUCCAAAGAGUGUCCUUACAGUACUGCUGCACCUACCAUGAUAAGAGCUAUGGACUUGGCAAUCUUGUUGAGCCAAUUAGGUGACAGUAUUCAAGAUCUGUAAAAAAAACUAUAAUCCCCUUGAUAUAGGCCAUGUCCCCAACUCCCCAUUCAUAAACUUAUCUUGAUUUGGAAAUGUUGAUCUCAUGAUCUUAUUGAGCUUGGUAAUUAACCUAAUAUUUUUGUUCAAGUUA